AUGGCGUCUGCAAGCCGGCGUGAUUUGCACGACGUUGGCGUAGACAUGAUGACGAGCGACCACGCGGAUCGGAGGAGUCCUUACGAUGUUCAGGGCGAGCCCUCCAGCUCACCAGGAUCCUUAUACUUCGCGGCACAGCGCUCCGUCGCUUCCGCCUCGGAAGGGAGCCCCGCAGUCAAGAAUCGAGCCUCAGUGAUCGCAGGAGAUUUUAUCAAAGUAGAUACGGAGGCAUCGGACGCUGAUAUGCAGGCGAAAUUGUCUGCUGCUUCAAAGCUACAAGGAGCUGCGCUACGGGUUCUGACGAACCCUUUCGUCGGAAACCUCAUGGCUGGCGUCGUCGUAGUUGAUGCAAUGUGCACUUGGAUCGACAUUGAUUCUCGCGCAGCCGGCAAACCGCCAGCGACGUUUGUCGAAGUCUUCGCUGACACUGCUUUGGUCCUCUACAGCCUCGAAAUGUUGCUGCGUCUCACAGGCAAAGGUCUCAGCAGCAUGGUCUCAGACUGGAUUUCAAUUCUCGAUGUGGUGGUAGUUGUGUGUGGCUUCGCAGAGAUCAUGUUGAAGGCAUUGACUCCCACUGACUUCGUGGCAACAAAGCUGAGUGUGAUGCGCGCCCUGCGCUUGGCGCGUAUCGUCCGCUUGCUGCAGUUCUUUCGGAGGAUCCGGUCCUUGCGUGAGCUUCAGAAGCUGGUAACGAUGAUGGCAACAUGCCUUCGAACUUUAGCUUGGUCCUUCCUACUCUGCUUCGUGAUCAUGACGAUCUGGGCCAUGUUGCUGGUGGAAGUAGUGUACCCGAUAGUACAGGACAUGAUGGCAGAGGGUGAUGCGACAAUCCUGGACUGUGCAUACUGCCAGACCUCAACGAGCUCAGUUAUGGAUGCGACAUUGCUUCUGUUCAAGACCGUCAUUGCCGGAGACAGCUGGGGACGGCUGGCUGUCCCGAUCAUACAAAGGAGUCCAGGAACGGCCAUCAUCUUUGUGGGCUCCCUUUUGUCCUUGGUCUUUGGCGUUUUGAACAUCAUCGUGGCCGUGGUGGUCGACACAUUUGCUGAAGCCAGACAGAAUGACAUCUUGAACUUGGCCGAGGAAAUGGAGCAGGACAUUGAGAAGGAUCGGGAAGCCCUGCAGAAGCUUUUCGCGCGGAUUGACCGCGACGGCAGCGGGGAGCUGACGCUUGAGGAGUUGAUCCAGGGCGCUCGCCGGGACCCAGUUUUUCAAAGCCGGCUGCGAGUGAUGGACAUCGAUGAGAAUGACUUGCAGCAGCUGUUCCGCAUGAUCGAUGUGGACGGAAGUGGAACCAUCGAGGUGCAGGAGUUCAUUGGGCCUCUGAGUCGCUGGGUUCAUGACUCCAAGACCGCGCCGAGGUUCAUCAAGUAUAACAUGCUGCAGACGAUGCAGAUGCAGGAAGACCUCUACAGCUUGUCCAAGACAUGCUUUGGCCAUCUUUCUGAGAGAAUCGAUACGGUCGUGGCGAAGAUGAGCAUGCAGAACGCCGACCUGGGUUGGGUAGCCCAAGGCCGUUCUGAAGAACGGCAAGUGGAGCAGCCGCAAGCCGCCAAAAAGCUGGACACACUCUGGGACCAGAUCUCCCCCACCCCGUCCGAAGCGACGACUUCCGAAGUCCCCGCCCAGGAGCGCGAGCAGAGGGGUGAGACGUGGCAGAAAUCCUUGCACAAGGAUGGAGCAGAAGUCGAACCCUUGCUUGAAGCGCUCAUCCUUAAGGUCGAAAGUGGGCUGAGCGAAAUGGAGGGCAGGUUGAUACGAGCAAUGGCAGGCCUUCCAGCCCAUACCACGCGCUCAAGUUUCAAGAGAGGCACGUCGCCGACGGGAACGACUCCCACGGGCUCGAUGGACAUCAAGGGCCGGGCGGAGCUCUUUCGGGCCGUAUACGGUUCCAAAACUCGGACAUCAAGGAGGGCGGUCACCGCCUCAAGCACAGUAGGGCCGUUGUCACAUGAAGGCCGAGGCGGCAAAACUUCAGGCGAGUCUUCAGCGAGCAUUCAACGGUUCCUGAUGCGUUAA